ACCCAAUCGGGCGACAUCCCGUGCACGCUCACACGCGAACUUCCGCCGCGCGCAUUCCCAAGCGUGACUGCGGUUCGCUUUGUCUGAAUUCGGCCACUUGCCACCACGCCCGCGUAGCCCCAAGCCCAAUGUCCUGAAGCUAGGGAGAAGCAUGGCUUCGCAGCCGCCGCCGUCCCCUGGACCGGCAAGGGGUCCUUGUUUUCGGGUUCCUCCCGACUCGAAGGAAGAGGGCUACCGUUACCAACAGCGGGUCUCCAUUGGCGACACUCACGAGGAACAGUUCUGGGGUAACGAAAUCCUGAACCCCAAGAGGAACCUGCGCUUUGAGCGCGACAGCCAUGCUCAGGAGUAUUCAAGCCGACGAAUUCAAAGUCAAGUCGAGCGCAUGGGAGAGCGCCCUGUCCAAGCCUCAACUUUCACAGAGGGACGUACGGCUCGCUCCCAUUACCAGUUGGCGGAAAUUGACCGUACCUUCAAUGAUUCAGAAUGGAUCCAGCGCCGCUCUUCGCAAGCGAUACAACAAUACCAGCAGUACCAUACUCUGCACCAGCGGCUUCAGCAGGAAGGCGGAAGAUGCAGCUCGCUUGGUGAAGUGGUUCGAAUGCAGGCCAUUCCUCCUGGUACACCUGCCGUAGAGGCAGUUCAAAUGACAUCCGAUUGCUUCGGGACGGUGGACGACGCAGAGCGCGUUAACGUCUCUGCAAACCUAACACGUGGUCGCAGUGGUGUGCAGGCUGGCGCUAUCCAGCGACCUGCAUUCUUUCCUGGCUUGGGCGAUGGAAUGGGAGUUGCUGUCCAACGUCCUGAGCUUAGUGGGUUAACUUCAAGCUGCACUGCUCUGGAAUGUAUCACUGGGAUGUAUCAAGACACAAUUCAGAAGACCCGUGAGUUGUCCAUCGGAGAUACGUUGCGUCUGAUACCUGCUGUAAAUGGGGACGUCGUUACCGCGUACGUGGUUGAUAUAAUCGCAGAGGGAGCGGAGUUUGACGACGAUCGGAAAAAGAAAAAGAAGAAGAAAAAGAAGAAGAAGAAAAAGAAAAAGAAAAAGAAGAAGAAAAAGAAGAAGAAGAAGAAGUCUAAGAAGAAGAAAAAGAAGAAAAAGUCGAAGAAGAAGAAGAAGUCCAAGAAGAAAAAGAAGAAAACGAAGUCAAAGAAAUCUAAAAAGGAAAAGCCGAAGAAGAAAGGGGAAGCAACAGCAGGCAAAACUAGCAGCCCGGCAACUGCCACACCGUCUUCAGGGAGCACGCCGAGCACUACUACAACCAGUGUGCCGAAGCCAACUGAAAAAAUCGGAGACGUGAAGUUCGAUGCAAGCACUGCUCCACCAAAGCGAGAAUUGAAAGUGCUGAUCUCGAGGCCGUCAGUGACCAACAUUGCUCCUGCCCCGAUGCCCCCAGCAGUUUGGACACGGACAUCGAUCACGAGAUUGCCACCCACCAUCUCCCAGACCUCGCAGUGUAACAACUGCGGUACCAUCGUUCCUAUGACGCCUGCUAUUGGUGAGCCGCCUGUCAUGAGGUUAUCCUCUCCUCAACAACUCUGGCAACAACCAUCGUGGUCUUCCAGGUGGAGAAGUCGUGGGCGCUCUCCUCCCCAGUCUCCAUUACCACUGGUCGAAGACGAGUGGCCAUCACCUGAGGGGUCGCCAGAGCCUACGAGGCGGUCUCGUACCAGUUCCCGGAGGCGCCGGCGAUCUAGAUCAUCCAGGCGACGUUCUAGAUCACGUUCAUCAAAGCGACGCCGCAGAAGGUCAGAGUCCUACAGUUCGAGCAGCUCUGAAUCCUCGGAUGAUUAUUCACGCCGACGUAGACGCAGGAGCAGGCGGAGACGCCCUCCCGAACCGUACGAAGCUGGACGUUGGGAACGGGCAGGAUCUUACCCAUUUCGGGAAGCACGUUCCUACGAUAUAAGCCCACAGGUCCCCUGCUACACAGAAAGCACUGGAUGCCGUACCGCGUCUCAAGUGCAAAUGCCAGUCGUCGUCGAAUCUGAACUUACGCUUGUACCCCAGAAUCCACUUCAAGACAUACCUGCUCAGACAGUGGCACCACCCACUGCAGCCUCAGUACUGUGUGUCGUACGAAAUUCUUUGCCGCAAGCAGCACAGCCACAAAUUAUACAACCACCCCAGAUUCCUUCAGUGACACUAUCGACUCUGGCCUCUUCUGCUCUCCCUGUCGUACAGCCUUCUCGCGUAGCUCUUGCACAACUGUCAAUACCUGCGACACCGAUAUAUUCCCAACAACUUCCGAUAACUCCGUACGCGUCUUCUGCACCCCCGGUCGGUAGUGGUGCGUGGAAUCCAAGUCUGUAUCCGAAUGCGACGUCAAGUUGUACAAUUUCCACGGAUGACACGUCGGUCAAGGUGUCCGUAGACUCUCAGCUGUCAUCUUCAAGUUACAUGUCUUCAGGUCCUGGAUCCAUGGGCCUGUAUACAAAACAGUCCAGUGGCACCUGGUGGUCACCCUAUGGGUACAUGAAGAGGAUGAACCAACAAGGCAGCCUUGCAGUUACCUUCAUCUUACUUGUUGGCAUUGUAGCAUGCAUUGUAGCUAUCCUCACUCGCUUCGGCGGUGGGCGGCCACAAAAUCUACGCCAGUCGGCCGUCGAGGUGGAUGAUGCCUCUCACGUGAUUCACGGUCCGUGGACAAACCAAACGGGAGGCGGAACUCUUACGGAACCUUACGGACUCUGUCAGACAUUAGAAUGCCGAAGAGAAGGCUUGUUUCUCAAAAGUCUUGUCGACAACGCAGAAGCCUGCACGAAUUUCUACGAUUAUGUGUGCGCGCGCACUUGGCAGAAGGUUCACAACGAAGGAUUGUCGUCCGCUGACCUUAUGGUGAAGGACGUCGAGUCGUCCAUUAUUAGUUUCAUCAAGGCCGGCAGCGUGAAAGACAGAAUAUCAGAAGGAGCCAGAGUUUUAUGGAAAGAGUGCAUGGACGUUGACAGGAUCAGAACACUCGGCAAGAAGCCCUUUACAACAGUUCUCAACAAAGUUGGGUUGGAUGGUUGGCCAUACGGGCUUGCUGCUAAUGUCUCAGGAAAAAAUGUUUGGAAUGUGUCUGGAGCAGUGAUGCGUCUACUCAGUCUGAGCACUUUUCUAACCUUCGUCGUUGAACCAAUCGCCGCCAACAACACAGCUCCGGUAACUAUUCGGAAAGGUCCCCUACAGAAAUCUACUGCCUAUUUCCACGACAAUGACACGAUCGACGAGUUCCUUCAAAGAAUAAAAAAAAGACUAAGCCUUAUGGAUCCACAGAGCGAAAUGGAUGAAAUUGCCAGUGACAUCUUGGCAUUUUUAAGAACUAUUUCCAAACUGAGUGACUUUGAACGUGAGAAAGUGGCUAUCGAAAAUCCAACUGAAUUUGAAACUUUCAUAUCGUCCGCUUUAUCCGGCAUUUUAGAUCUCGGUAAUGGCACCGUCAUCAACAUCCGCCACGGAGGAGCUGUGCAUGAGUUAUACCAGACGAUACAGUCGAUGCAACCCAGAGCAGUUCUUAAUUACUUGGGCUACGCUGUAGUGGACAAUCUCUGGCUGUUCUCCCCGCAAGGACAUUUAUCACCGGAACAGAUAAGAGCCAGAGAGCACGACUGCAUCCGCAUGGUUGAGCGGGCAUUGCCGACACAGGUCCACUACCUAGGCUCCUUGUCCACGAAGCAUCAACUGGAUGUAGUUUUUUUCGCUGAUUUAGCCCACAAUAUAAAGCACCAGGUCAUCAACUCGAUACGAAAUCUGUCCUGGAUGGAUACCGGCACAAAAACUCGCGCCGUCCAACAAUUGUCAAGUACACGGGUCAAACCCUUCUUUCCGCAAUGGAUGAUGUACAACCACAAGCGUCCACAAGCAUCUCGUCCAAGCCUCACUCCACUGGAAGGUCUUGCCUCUUAUCAGUCAAUAAUGCAGAACACCUUCGAAGAAUCCGUUAGAGCUCGAGACAUCAAGGACGACGACCUCUGGAUGGGAUCAGUGUUUGACCAGGACUGCACAUAUGACGAAGAACGCAACGUGCUUUUCCUACCACUGUCUAUGGCGAACACAACAAAGGGUACGACGAAACUCUUCCUCUAUUUCCACAUACCACAUGUGGGGGUAAAACUUGCAAGGUGCCUUCUUGAGGCCGUAGGCUCUUCACAAUACACAAAUGUUUGGCCACAGACCACUGUUCGAAAAUUCGCGAAUGUCCGCCAGUGCUUCGAGGGACCUAACCCUUCUGGCACCGUCCUAGUCCAGGACCCCAGUCAAAGGCCGUCAAUUACUGCCGGUGACGUUUACGAGCACGCCGGCAUCGUUCAAGCCCAUAAUGUUUUCACGAGCGGAAUUCGUCAGCUUAGCAAGAACUUCCAGGACUAUCGAUUCGAGAAUGCCAGAGACUUGUCCACGGAACAACUGUUCUACAUCUACUACACCAGUGGAAGGUGUCAUGUUCAAGGUGCAAAGUACGAAACAUCCGGAAUAUCCCGGCAAGAAAAUUCGAGGCUUGUGAACCUUGUUCUGUCGCACGACAGCUUGUUCCACAAAGCCUUCAACUGUCGUCAGAAUGCCACCAUGAAUCCGAUGAAGCAAUGCCACUUCUGGACGCGCUAACAGCGGCGGUAAAAGUAGGCUUGGUGUAGUGCAAAAAAGGCGUCACUAUGCACAAUGCAGCGGCAGUGAAAUUCUCAUCGGUCAGCACUAGAAUAGCGUUCACACACUGCACGGGUAUUAACGCAAUUUCGCAUCGGAAUGAGAAUAAACUUCGGUGGCAUGUUCA